AUGAUGUCCUCUACAAAUUCCAACAUAGCUUUAUGGGCGACUUUCACGGCAAUCUCCUUUGCCGUGGGUUACCGGUUAGGUUUAUCGAACGCAUCAUCAACCAAGAAUUCCUCUGCUACUAUAUUGAAUUCGAAGAAAACGGAGGGGAGGAAGUUAGAGAAUGACACUGAUGAAGAGGAAAGCGAAAGCGAAGAUGAGAGUGAUGAGGAUGAAGACAUUGAGUCUACUUCAUUGAACGACAUACCCGGAGAAGUUAGGAUGGCAUUGGUAAUUCGCCAAGAUCUUGCCAUGACAAAGGGCAAGAUAGCAGCACAAUGCUGUCAUGCAGCAUUGUCUUGUUUCAGACACAUCGCGACAAACCCCGCGCGUGCUUCAUACAACCCAAUCAUGACUCAAAGAUGGCUAAAUGCUGGGCAAGCCAAGAUAACGUUGAAAUGUCCAGACAAGUUUACAAUGGACGAGCUGUAUGCAAAGGCUAUUUCACUUGGAGUGAAUGCAGCAGUUAUUCAUGAUGCCGGUAGAACACAGAUCGCUGCGGGAAGUGCCACCGUAUUAGGUUUAGGGCCUGCUCCAAAAGCGGUAUUAGAUCAAAUAACUGGUGAUUUGAAAUUGUAUUAA